AUGGAUAAUACUACAUCCUUAUUUGUUUUGUUUUUUGGUUUAAAUCAUGUUCAUGAAAGCAAUAAGUCUUUAGAUAAACAAAAAAAAAUUCUUCAUCAUCGCUUGUCGAUUUCAAAUUCUAAAAUACGUAUAACCAAUUUUAUGUUAGUCACAAGACGUAUGUAUGACGAUUUGGAUUUUAAAAGUCAUUUUUGGCUUACAAGGAGUUCAAUUGAAGUUUUAAUGUGUAAAGUAAAACCGUUUUAUUUUCUACGCACGACCAAAAUGGGAAGGCCUUUAGUUGCUUUUGAAAAAUCGACUUUGAUGACUGUAUGGUACAUGAGUAACACGGAGACAUUUCGUCAAGUUGGGGAUCGUUUUGGACUAAGUAGAGGCUUAGCAUGCCGUACCAUUCAUAAAUUUAUUCGUGCUCUUUCAAAAAUUCUUGACGAGUUUAUAUUUUGGCCUAUAGGAAGUUCAACAACAGAUUUCAAAAACUUGAGAGUUAACUAUAUGCCAAACACAAUUGGUUGUAUUGACGGCUGUCAUAUCCGUAUCCAUGCUCCAAAAGCUAAGAGAAGUGAUUAUACAAAUCGGAAAAUGUUUCAGUCAAUAGUUCUCAUGGCAGUAUGUAAUGCUCACCUUGAGUUCACCUACAUAUUUUCUGGAUGGCCUGGGAGUUCUCACGAUGCAAGAGUUUUCAAAAAUUGUUCUUUGGGUAAUACAUUAUUAGAAACACUACAAGAAAUAAUUUCUAGAAGUCAUCACCUACUUGGAGAUUCCGCUUUUCCAUUGCUAGAAAAUGUAUUAGUUCCUUUUAAAGCUACCCAUAUAUUGACCGAUAAAGAAAAAUUAUUUAAUAGACGAUUAAGCUCUACUCGAGUUGUAAUUGAACAGGCAUUUGGCUUGUUACUUAGACGUUUUCGGAGACUUAAAUUUUUAAAUAUAAUAUUGUAUAAUAUUUUAGGAACUCUAUUAUACUUCAAAUGUUUUAGAUCCUUGGAAUCAAAAUCAAUUGAACUCAUGAGUCUAACUGUAACUGGUGCUUGCAUUCUACAUAAUCUGGCAAUAAUAAAUAAUGAUUUAAUAGAAGUUGAUGAAAACCUUACUGACGUAGAUACUUUAAUAGAAGGUCAUGUUUCUAGUGCUUCAAUGGCAGUUACACAACGAAAUGGGAUAUCCAAAAGAAAUGAACUUGCUUCUAGGUAA